AUGAAGAGAUGUUUAUCGAGGAUGAUGUUAUGGAUGAAAGAAAGAAACAUCAAUGAAAAGAUUAGUGAUCCAGCAAAUUGGGAAAACAUGAAUCAGAAUUUAAGAGAUUUAAUCGUAAUGAAAGAUCCAGUAAGAGAUAAUGAUCUAUUCAAGAAUGAUGGGGUUCAAACUCAAUUGGCACAUGAUGGUGCGAAUGAUUGGAAAAAUAUUGAAAAUAAUUUGGCGUUUCGUGGAGAUAAUGAGGAGAUAUACCAAGAAAAUAGUGGUAUCUUCUCAAGCUUAAUUCAAAUGAUUGUUGAGUUUGAUCCUAAUGAAUUGAUACUUAUGCUAGCGGGUGAGAUCAAGAAAAUAAUCAUCGAGAAACUCAAAGAAUCCAAGUACUUUUUUGUGAUAAUUGAUUGCACUCCAGAUUUGAGUCACGAAGAACAAAUGUCUAUAGUAUUGAGGUGUGUUGAUAUUUCAACAAGUCCAGUGAAGGGACUUUUUGAUGAAUUAGUGAAUGCGUUAAAUAAUCUAGAAAUCAAUAUUAAUAAUAUAAGGGGUCAAGGAUAUGAUAGUGGUGCUAACAUGAAACGAAAACAUAAAGGGGUACAGAAUAGACUACUAGAAGUAAAUCCUAGAGCAUUUUACACUCCUUACAAUGUAAAUGGCCUUGCUCUUAAUCCUUUGUCUCAAACACGUUGGGAAAGUCAUGUUGAAAGUAUUAGAGCAAUAAGAUUCCAAGCUCCACAAAUAAUAAAUGCUCUACUUGAAGUGGCAAGAGUUGAUGAUCCUAAGACAAAAAGUGAGGCGAAGUGUUUGGCAACAUAUGAAAUAGAAAAUUUUGAAUUCUUACUUAGGAUAGUUAUUUGGUAUGAAGUGUUGAAUAAUGUUAAUAGAGUAAGCAAACAUUUGCAAACAAAGGACAUCCAUAUUGACAUUGCUAUAGACCAUUUAAAAAGGCUCAUUUCAUUUUUCAAAAGCUAUAGAGAAUCUAGGUUUGAAUCGAUCGUGAUCGAUGUUAAAGAGACUACAAGUAAAUUAGACAUUGAACCAAUAUUUCGUGAAAAAAGAGUUAUACGAAGAAAGAAGUAG